GUGCGGCGGAAUGGAUGUGACAUCACCGGAGGCUUUCUGAAGACCAGGAAGCGGCGUUUAUGUCAGCCAUGCACCGGAGAGGGGUGGGAGCGGGGGCCAUAGCCAAGAAGAAGCUGGCUGAGGCCAAAUACAAAGAACGAGGGAAUGUCUUGGCUGAGGACCAGCUUGUACAGAUGUCAAAACAGUUGGAGAUGUUUAAAACGAAUCUAGAAGAGUUUGCUAGUAAACACAAGCAAGAAAUCCGGAAGAAUUCUCAGUUCAGGGUCCAGUUCCAAGAUAUGUGUGCGACAAUUGGAGUGGAUCCUCUGGCCUCUGGGAAAGGAUUUUGGUCAGAAAUGCUUGGCGUGGGUGACUUUUAUUAUGAGCUGGGUGUGCAGAUAGUUGAAGUCUGCUUGGCUCUAAAGCACCAUAACGGAGGUCUGAUCACAUUAGGUGAACUGCACCAGCAAGUUCUAAAGGGAAGAGGGAAGCUCGCUCAGGACGUCAGUCAAGAUGAUAUCAUCAGAGCAAUCAAAAAACUCAAAGUCCUAGGUAGUGGUUUUGGCAUCAUCCCUGUGGGUGGAUCUUACCUGGUGCAGUCGGUUCCUGCAGAGCUGAACAUGGAUCACACCGUGGUGCUACAGCUGGCAGAGAAAAAGGGCUAUGUGACAGUUGGUGAAAUACAUUCAAGUCUGAAUUGGGAGAAAGAAAGAGCAAAGCAUGUGCUGGAACACUUACUGAAGGAAGGCUUGGCAUGGCUAGAUUUGCAGGCGGCUGGAGACCCCCAGUAUUGGCUUCCAGGUCUCUUUACUGAACUUUAUUCUAAUCGAAGUACUCCAGAGGAGUCCAGCGAGGGACCACCAUGACACCUGACACUGGGCAUUGAAAUCUCCACUACCUCAGAGUCCUCUGUCUUAUAAAACAAACCACCUCUGAAAGAAGCAGAUUCUUUUUUGUGUUUGGUUACCUUUUGCCUGGGACUGGAGCAGAUAUAUCUGACAUUUUUAUCUAGCAGCUCUGUUUACAUGUGCAAAUAAGACUUUUAACUGAUAGAUAACAGAGGACAUUUUAUUAGUGGAGUUCAAUCACAGCCAAGUAGUGGCCUUUCUCCUAUAUAAUGAUUACUGUGCUACAGACUGAACCAGCCACGUAUCUGAAGUGUACCUUCUCCAGGGCCAAUUGGAAAUACAUUGAUCUGGAAUGUAUACAGUUUAUUGAAGAAACUGGUCCCCCAUCAGUCUGCACAAAGACAACUUGUAUUCCACUGUACUAUACUUUCUACAAUAAAAUAUUGUAAUAAUAAAA